AUGUGCGCCCUCGCCAUUGCAGUAGACGUCGACCUCUUUGGCCAUCUUGCCAGAAGGUCUCCCGGCGCCGUCCCGAUGCUUCAGCUUGCUGCUGCCACUGGUGUCGAGGCCCAAUCGCUGGACACGAUCGCCCAAACACUUGCUGCAGAUGGCUGGCUCGUCCACGUCGAACCCAACUCGUUCGCAGCCAACAAAGUCACCCAUGCAAUGACCGAUCCAGACUUUCAGAGCCUGGUCGCACACUGCUUCGAGAUGGGCCUGCCAGCUGUCCUGGCUACUCCGAGAUUUCUCAGCAAUAUCGACUACAAAGCCUCCCAGGACUCUUUUCUGCUAGCUUGGCAGGUGUCACAAGCUACGAGUCUGGGUUUCUUCGACUAUCUGAACCAGCCAGGCGGGCAAAGACCCACGUCCUCGAGUUGA